UUUUCGUCUUUAGCCGUUCAGCUCCAUUCGCCCCCAUACAUUUUGGACUAUAGACAUGAUUAUUGUGUGUUUUGUACAGUUUUGGGGUCUCUCCUGGGCGGCGGACAUUAUAAGCAAAACUCCAGUUUGGCUGAUCGUUUCUCAACUCCUCCCCCGACUCCAUCCGGCUACACUCGCUGUCCAUCAAGGCUAGGCAAUUGUGGCCCAGUUCACAAAUCGAACGAAAGCUUCCAUGUCAUGUCAGUGUGAAAACUGUUAACCACAUUUUGGGAGACCGUCGCCAUCGGGCAAGAAAUAUGCCCAGUUUACGAGAAUUUGGGUUAGUUGGGACUGGUGUGGCACUAACGGGAGUCGUCGCGUAUACCAUCUGGAAAUCCGCACAUGCCAAGAAAGGACAAGAACCAAAGAAAAUAAAACAGGCUUUAGAUGCUGCGAAAUAUGAAAUUUCAGUGAAGGAAGAAAUAAGAACUGAAACCAUCCGACAAGCUCCGGUGGUAUCUGAGCAGCCACAGGUGAGUGGUACUCAGGUACUAGUGCUGGGUCUGGAAGGGGCAGGAAAGACGAGCAUUCUGCACUGCUUUACAACUGGUAACCUGGAACAGGAUGUCACACCCACACAGGGAUUCAACGCUAUCUCCAUCAACAGAGAGGGACUACAAGUCGAGUUCCUUGAGAUUGGAGGCAGGGAGAAGCUUCGAGAAUACUGGCAGAUGUACCUGAAAAAGGCUCGAGUGCUGGUGUUCGUGGUGGACUCGGCCGACACCGCUCGAUUCCCCCUGGCUAAAACCCACCUUCACCAGCUACUGGCUGCUGACCCCUACCUGCCGCUGGUCGUGCUAGCCAACAAACAGGACCUUUCUGGGGCUUGUGGAGUGGCAGACCUUUAUGAAGCGUUGGCACUGGACUCUGUGGGUGAUGGUCGGAAGCUCUAUGUUUUGGUGACGCAAGUGAAGAAGGGCAGGACCGAGAACAACGGCAGCAUCCAGGAUGCUCAUGAGCUCAUACUAGAGUUGAUGAAAAAUAACCACUUAUAACAACAAUGUGCCACCUAAUUGUCUGUAAUUGCCAGCCUGAUAAGUUUAUCACAGAUUAAGUUGAUUGGUUACUUCUAUCUGAAUAUUAUCUAAAUAAAUGUUUUAAAAAACACCAACAGUGGGUGAAGGAGAGCACUUACUCACAUGUGUGCGCACACACACUUUUUUCUUUUUAAAAUUAAAAAAAAAAAAAAUUUGAACACCACGAUAAGCUUGGUUGAUUGCAUAUCCAUUUUUUUCUUUAAAAUCAAAUUAUCUAAAUUUAUCAGGGCCCUUUUGUCACCAAAGAAUUUCUUGUUACUUUAGCAGAAAUACCUGUUGCUUGGGAAAAAGGAUUUUUAUCGGAUUGUGAUUUUUAAAAAAUUAGUUUUUUGUAGAAAUAGUACUUUAUAAAUGGGGGGCUUUAUACAAGAAAAAGCUUAAAAGGAAAACACUCUGUGAUUGUUUUAUCUCCAAAGUGAGAAGGGGCAAAUGAAUUUGUUUUUCAAAGGACAUUGAACAUUGGAAAAUAUGCUGGCUGAGUGUUUUUUGUUAACUUCUCUGUUAUACUGUAGUUGUGUGUAUUUGGGAAUCGAUUUGUGUGUAUGUUUUGUGUAAGAGAAAACUGUCCUAUGUAAAGCUGCCCUAAAAUUGUAGGUCUCGGUCUCGAUCUGUAUAUUAUGUGGGUGCUACUGUUACGUAGACUUAAUGUCUCAGAGAUGUAUUUUAAAAGUAUUUUAUUUUGCAUCUCACUUUACCUCCAGCUAGCUUUUGAAAGCAAUAAAUCUGUUUGAAUUACAUCAAAUGAACAUAAAGCUGUGGUAUUUUACUAACCAAUAAAAUGUUACAACAAUUUAA